AUGAUGUUUGAAUAUACAAGUGACUUUUUGGCUAAAAAGUUAAGAGAGAACUGGUUAACACGUAGUUCUGAAGAGGUAUCCUUCAGUGUACAGGAACAUGAUGAUUCAUUGACUAAUUUGAAUUGGUUACAGACUUUGAAUAUUCAUGAAAUCACUUCUACAAGCACACCAUUUUCACCACCUGCAACACCUCCUGGAUUUUUGACAAAUUCAUCAACUAAUACACAGCACAGCAGUAUAUUCCUGUCAUCAUCAUCAUCAUCAGCGACGACAACAACAACAACAAUAACUAGGAGGAGUUUAUCACAGAAAUUUCGAUCAUUACAAUAUCCUGAUGAAAAUUCAAGUGAAAUAACAUAUUCACUCACAUUAAACAAUAGAAAUGAUUCAGCUGUUCAAUCGUUAACGAACAAUUCCAAACUCUUAUCAAAUAAUAAUGAUACGCUUGGUUUAGAUUAUACUACUGAUAAUCAUAAGAAUAGUAGUAUUAGUGGUGUUGACAAAGAAUACAAGGAUUUACUUUCACUAUAUAAGAAUAAUAAUUUUCAAAAUAUUCAUUUAAAUUAUCAUUUAGUUCCUUAUGACUCUAAUAUUUCCUGUAACAAUAGUAUUGGUAAUAAUCGUAUUAAUUUUAUACCGAAUCCAUUGAUAUUUACAAAUUUACAUUAUGAACGAGUAAUAAAUCCUGUUUGUAUUAAUCCCGUCGAUUUAUGUACUGCCAACGAUAUCGGGGAUAACCAGAAGUGUAGGAAUUCAACUUUAUUAGAGGACAACAUAAAUAAUAAUAAUAAUAAUAAUAAGCAUGUAUUGAACAGUCCUAUUUCAGCACAUCGAAAUAGUAAUCUUUUGAAAUUCGGACGUUAUCAUCAUCAUCAGCAGCAGCAGCAGCAGCCUCAUCAUUAUUUAAUACCAAGUGUACAAAAACUUUUUAAAAGUGAUAUUUAUCCCGCUAAUUUAAUAGACUUUAAUUUGGCGCCAAACACAAAGACUAACGAUACAUUGAAUAUUAAUGAUAUGAAUCAAGAUUCUGUAGAUUUGAUAAGUGAAUGGUAUAAUCCAAAGGCAAAUAUCUUAAUUGAUACACAAAAUUACUGUCAUAAUAGUAACAAUAAUAAUAAUAAUAUACUAAAGAAUACUGAAUUAUUUGUAAAAUAUGAUGACUUAUCAUUGCAAGAAAAAGAUGAUUAUCGUUAUGAUGUUAAUUGUAAACCAUUGUUUAAAUGUCAUACAUUAAUUUAUAUGGCUGUAAAUUCUUUGAAAAAGCAUAAAUUCACAUUGAAUGAUAUUUGUGCAUGGAUUAAAGUUCAUUUUGCUUUUUAUCGUACUAUGAAAGAAAAUUUAUGGCAGGAAAUAAUUCGUCAACAUCUUACAUUUAGUUGUUGUUUUCAACGAGUACCUAGACGUAAAGAAGAACCAGAUGGUCGUGGUGAUGUAUGGCGUAUAAAUCCUGAAUUACAAAAUCAAUUACUGAAUAAUAAAAUUCAUAAAAAAUUCUUUAAUUCUUGGCAAAAUGAUACUAUGCCUCAAUUACCUGAUCUGAUUGAUUUUAUUGAACAACAGUCGUGUUCAUCAUCUUCGUUGUCAUCAUCAUCAUCGACUUCUUCACAAUCUAAUACAUUUCAACAAUCUUAUAAUAAUAUUGUUGAUAGUGUCAAUGACAAUGAAACAUCUAAGAAUCCUCUUAAAGAAUCUUAUCACAAGGAAUAUCAUAAAUUUUUAAAGGAUGUAAAUAAAAAUUCCAGUCGAUCAGUGAAACGUAAACGUUCCAAUCGUUAUCAAGAUGUUUGUAGAAAUAAAAAUCCAACAAUACAAUCAAUAAAUAAUUUGUAUAAUGAUAUGAGAUCACAGUCGAAUUCUAGUUCAUCACCAGCAUUAUCUGACUACUAUUCAACAAGUAAUACACCAGUACCAUCAGAAUUAUUACCUGAAAAUAUUUCAACAGAAUUAUUUUUAAAUAAUGAGCAUUACUUGAAUAGUGUUAUAAAUUCUAUUGAAACUAAUGAGAUUGAUAUAGAAAUAAAUGAUAAUGAUUUGUUAAAGAGUAAUUCAUUGCAUAUUUCUUAUGAUAAUGAUUAUUCUUAUCCAUAUGGAAAAUUCAUUGAAAAGGAGACAUGUGAUUUGAACAGAUUAUUCUGUGAAGAGAUUGAUGAUAAGCCAGAAAAACAAAAGAUAUUAGAUGAUGAAAUUAAUAUGAUUGAUAAUACUUGUACUAUAAAUAAUUCAAUCAAUAAUUUUCUCUCGUCGUCGUCUUCGUCGUCGUCGUCGUCUUCUUCUUCGAAUUCUAAUGAUUUAGAUAGUGGAAUUGUUGCAGAAUUAUCAAAAGCGAGUGGUUUAAAUAAUAUACCACCGUUAGAUUUAGAAAAUGAUCCACUUGAUCUAACUACACAUGAAGUUGACUUACACUUAUCAUGUGAAUGGUGGUCAAAUAAUCUAACUGAAUCAAUGACUAAUUUUAUUAAUGGAACAUUAUGUGAAGAGAGAAUAAAAGAGAAUGAAAGAAAUAUAGAUGAUGAGAAUAGAGAAAAGUGUAAAUCAGUUACUACUCGAUUGAUAACAUCUUCUUCAUCAAUAACUGAUGAUAUAGUAUUCUGUGAGUCUUUGUCACCACGAGUAAAGUUAUCCUCCUGCUCCUCCUCCUCCUGCUCAUCAUCAUCAUCAUCAGUAUUACCAAAUCAGUCAUCGUCAACACCAUCUUCAAGUGUGAUAGGUGAUGAAACUAAUGAAUUAAGCGUUUCAUUAAAACUUCCAACUUCUGUAAAUAAUUAUGCAUUUUUUGAUAAUAAUAAUAAUAAUAAUAAUUUACCGAUAACUCUUACUGGAAAUCUAUCAUAUAGUCAAUAUCAUAGUGGUGUAAUUGAUGAACAGCUUCAUUAUCCUGAUGAAGAAUAUAUACAACAGACACAACAACAACAACAACGUUGGAUUGAUCAUGAAGUGAAUUUAGACGAUCUUGACAAUAUUCUAGGACUUUGUUAA